AUGGUAUCCUGUAAGUGUCUGCCCGUCUUCGCGCUGCCUCCGCAGUGUAAGUGUCCCGCCGCCUUCGCGCUGCCCUCCGCAGUGUGGCAGGCUCGGCGUGUGGAGCGGUACCGCGGCCAACCAGGCCGGAUUGAGAACUACACCCCCGGCAAGUCAUCCCUGGCUGAGCAGGAGGCGGCAAAGUACUGGGAAGAGGUCAUGGGCUAUUUUGAUAAGUUCCUGGAGGAUCACUCUCACAUCAAGCUGGAGCGACCUCUGCGGGGCGUGAGAAGUCGUUUUGGACGGCUACGAAUCCGACUCGACGCUGGUAUACCACCGGAACGAGCCGCCUGUGCUGACAUCUGGCGAGCAGCGCUCGUACUACCACCAGAUCCAGCGCGGCGGCGACGUGCCUUUGACGGGCCUAAGGAAGCCGGCCCCGGAACGGCCCAAAGUGGAGGGUCCGCGGUACCAGGAGGCGGCCGUCAAUAUCCACUACCGGUCACCGGUGCGCUGGGAGGAAAAGGAGCCACUCUCGGAUCAGGAGCUGCGUCCGGCGUCAGGAGGACGCCAUGCGACGCGUCUAUCAGGAGGCGCGCCGCAAGAAGGAGCAGCGCCAGGUCGAAGACCGGGAGAGCAGGCGACACUGGCGACAACUUCAUACCGAGCCAAAAGUCGCCCAUUCCGCUCGAUCGGUACGAGCGCCUGUACGAUGACGUCAUAGACAAUCAGCGGCUGGCCGUCACCGCCAGCGUCCUGCAUGAGUUCAGGGCGCAGAAUAACCGGGAGCUAAGCUUGUCUCGAGGAGACACGGUGAGGGUCAGGCGGAAGAUCGAUGCCAACUGGUACGAAGGCCAGAAGGGCACCCGCAUCGGUAUCUUCCCCGUCACCUAUGUACAGGUGAACGACCCCCGUGCCCGGUCGACGGAGCGAUGGACGCCUCGACCUCAGGUCAGGGCCCGACAUCGAUUCACGGCGCAGACCAGCAUGGAGCUCUCCCUCAACAAAGGGGACGUGGUGACUGUGCUGCGACGCGUGGACGACAACUGGUACGAGGGUCGACGCGGUGACGUCACUGGAAUCUUCCCCAUCAGCUACGUGGAGCCGCUGGGCAACGAACCGCGCGAACCCAGUGUGCAGCGCCUGAAACCGGUGGGGGCGCCGGCCGCGCACGGCUUGGUGAUGGACGGCAUGCCGACACGGGGUGGCGGCCAGGGCCAGCUGCGGGUCGAGGUGCAGCAGGAGCCGCUGACGUACCGCGUGCUGUUCCCAUACGACCAUCAGAACGAGGAUGAGCUGGAUCUGGAGGAGGGGGAUCUGAUCCACGUGCUGGAGCAGUGUCCGGACGGCUGGUACGUCGGCACCAAUCUGCGCACGGGAAUGUUCGGCACGUUCCCCGGCAACUACACGCAGAAGAUGUGACGUUAGAAGAUGUGACGUCAGAAGUCGGCCGGACGUGCCGGUUGGCUGGAACCGGUGACCCGGGACCCAGUGACCUAGAGACCCGGUGACCCGGGACCUAGUGACCCAGAGACCCGGUGACCCAGUGACCUCCGGCAGAAGCCUGGAACAUGUGCUGAAGUGCAUCGGUUCAGCCGCGGGACGUAACACCGUCCACACCACUCACGCCGCAGCCCACGUGGGCGGAGCUUAAAUGCCGCCGUUAAAGUUGGCCUUCAACGGCGCGACCCUACUCGUCGCCUCCAGUUUCUCCGUCUUCGAAAAUCCGUCUAUGUAGCUGCACAGCCAGGAGGCCGCUUGAGGCUUUUGUGCUUUGUCGAUGGGGUCAAGCACAAGUGACAGCGUUCAGCGCCGCUGCUGGUUGUCGCCUCAGGACCUCGACGAAUAUGCCGCCCAGGAUGUUGAAAGCCCUCGCGCUACGCUUGCACCGAUCAGCCGACACCAGUGACGUCACAGGAUAGGUUGGGGGCUGUCUGCGAGUCGACGCACUGGUGUACCUGCCUUGUUUCGUCGCCGAGGCCUUAUCUACAGCUGUAGCCCGGGCUCGAUUGUGGAGGGUUCGAGUGUUGGGUGGCCGAGCCGCUGCCGUCUGUUUGAUGGUUGCCAGGGCAACUCGCGGAUUGACGGAUCGAAAAGCAUGACGUCACAAUGUACCCCAAUGACGUCAUAGCAAGUGUGCGCGUGACACUGUGUGGUGGCCUUCUUUCCGAUAUAUUGACGUGGAAAAAUGUGAACGGUAUGAGUGUGCUUAUGGGUAUCGUUUGGACUUGCGAGAUUCUGCGCGAAGAGAACAUAGAAGGACCGCUCCCGUAAACGAAGUCCUCUUGAAUUAGAUAUUUAACAGGCUCACGCCCCAACGGAUUUCCUUCGACGUGAACCGCCUUACGGGGUCAAAGCGUUGUUCCUUUAGGUCGUUGGGAAGCACUUUGGCCGUUUGUUUCGCCGUAGGUAUAUCUUUGCACCAAGGUGCUGGAGUGGCUUUGCUCGUUUAUUUAGUUGUAAACGUUGAUGUGAGUUGUUAAUUGAUACCGUAGAACGGUGGGUGUCGUUUUUAGAGGCUCGAUGUACAUGUAGUAGGUCGCGAAUUACGAGAAUUUAUGUCAGGUCGUAGAAAGACAUCAACGUAGCAGUAGUGGAAGAUGCAUAAUUUCUUAGGCGUGUAUGUGUAUGUGUGUGCCCCGUUAUACGCUAGCGUGAAGUGUGUAACGGCUGACACUGGCAACGGGUUUGCGCUAAGAGGUCAGCACUUUGGGUGCACGGGCUAUCCAACCAUUGCACUGGAAUCUUUCCUCCCGGCAGGUGUACAGGCCGCGCGCAGUCGGCUUUACUUAAGCUGUUUUGCCGGGCAGUCCUGGUCAAACGUCGCUGACUAAUCUGCCGCGUACAGUGAAAACGGCGCUUUGCGACUCGCAGAUUCUCUCCUCCUCGAGAGAUGAGGAGAGGACUCCGGCUCUUCAGUUCUUCGAUGGUUCGGGUCCACGGCCCCCUGGCGCGCGAUCACCCGCGUGCCCGGCACGUAUCCGUCGGGCGGCCCGUGGCGCGAGGUGGCGAGCCGCAUGCCGGCCGUGCCGCACCCCUAGUCACCUCCAAAGACGCGCCCCCAGUCGCACCGAGCGCACGCCCCUAGUCAUAGCCGCGUGCACCCCGCGCGAGCACCCCGCGCGAGCACGGCCGCGCGACCGCCGACGCGUGCGUCCGCUCGCACACCCGCCCUGUCGCUUCGUCUUCCGCUAGCGUGUGAGGAACGAGCGUCAGUUCGGCCGCAGUGAUGUCUUCCUGGGGCUGCGAGCCGCCGCGCGGCGACGCCGGCUCCACGACCGCGCUCGACGCGGCCGGCGCCUGUCCAGAGCCGUGACCGUAGUGCUUCCAGCGAACCCGAUGCUAGGUCGCAGCGUGACGUCAUCAGUUCUAACGAGUUUGCGUCAGGGCUGCAGUGUGACGUCACCUGUUCUAACGAACCCGCGUCGCGGUCGCGGUGUGACGUCACGGCGUGGAUUUUGCGGUGUGAAGCGCAGGAGCCACUUACCCUGUUGCCCUGUUGCCCUGCCCUGCCUCGCCUGCCACCCCGUCCGAAUGCCGGUGCGGCGCUGUUGCAAAUACAAGGCCCAACUUGCA